UCAACGGUGUCGAUGUGUGAAACGACUGAUUAUAGAAGAAAAGAGAGAGAGAUAGAGAGAGAGAGAGGCUGCACUAUCACUGCGAAUCACUCGACUGGAAGUAAACCAGUGAACAGAUCUCCAUUCUCUCAGCGAGGACGCAUUAUGUAAUGCACUGAUAAUAUAAAGGACGGAGAAAGCAACCCAUCUCCAGGUUUCCAUCUUCGUGUGUGUGUCUGGAGGUCACAUGAUGGCCCAUGCGGAGAGUAGCAGUGUUGAGUGACGCUCUGGUUCCCCAGCAUGGGCAGUGUGGGCAGCGGGGUGGCCGGUGAGCAGGAGUUUGCCAUGAAGAGCGUGGGCACGCGCACCACCCUUCCUCGUGGCCCUCCUCUGUCCCGCCGUGGCCCCUCCGACCGCAGCUGCAGCGCUGAGCGCCUCCACGCACCUCCCUCCACCUCCGAGGGCUCGAGUGAUGAACGAGGCGGGAGCAGCACCACCACAGAUCGAGGCCAGCUCACCAUCGCUGCGUCUCGUCUCACUAACAGGGGCGAGCUGGAGGGGACCGCCGCGGGCCGCCGGGACACACACAGAACUGGAGGAGGAGUGUCUCUGGAUGCUUGCAGAAACGUGGAGAAGAACCACGACGGUGCGACAGCAGUUAAGGGCAGAGAUGGGAACAACGGCAAGAGAGACAGUCGCACGCCACCCAAGAUCCUCACUGUAUCUGGGAAACUCGAGCAGAAUAGUUCAGCUCUGGUCCGUCCGUCCGCCUUCAAGCCCGUGGUUCCCAAGAGUUUUCACUCCAUGCAGAACCUGGUGGCUCAGUCUGGAGCUGGAGGACGAUCUGCUGGAAGCGGCGGAGGAUCUGACGCCCCGCAGUCCCUCUGUGAGCAGGACAGUCCGGAUCGGGACCCUUCGAGUGGGAACGACGGCCAGGGCGGCAUGUCUGACUCUGGGAGGAACUCUCUGACCAGCCUUCCCAUCUACACGGGGCCUGGCAUGAGCUACGGUCCCUCUCAAUCGCUCGGGCCCCUCAGUGCCUCCACCAGCCACAUCAACAGACUGAGCAGCACAGCGGCGCCGCUGGACAAAGCAGACAAACCCAAGUACCAGAACGGCCUGAGCGUGUCCGACAGCGGUCAGUCCUCCUCCGGGAAGAGCUGUUUAUCAUAUCAGAGACUCGCCACCAUCCAGCCAUCGCCCUCCACUGAUGACAUCAUCCAGGACCUGGAGGACCGACUCUGGGAGAAAGAGCAGGAGGUGAUCCACAUGCGGCGUAACCUGGACCAGAGCGAGGCGGCCAUCGUGCAGGUGUUCGAGGAGAAGCAGCACGUCUGGGAGCGAGAGAUGGAGGAGCUGAGGCAGAACUACGGCAGGCGUCUGCAGCAGGUGUCCCACCGAGCCCAGCGCACACAGCAGGCUCUGCAGACCCACAUCGCCCGUCUGCAGCAGGACAAGGGCCGGCUCCAGAAGGAGAUCAGCACCCUGCUCGCUCAGAGAGAGGAGCUGGAGAGGAGGUGUCUGGAUUACCGUAAGGAGCAGGCAGAUAUCCUGCCUCGCCUGGAGGAGACCAAGUGGGAGCUGUGUCAGAAGGCGGGCGAGAUCUCUCUGCUGAAGCAGCAGCUGCGAGAGAGUCAGAACGAGGUGACUCAGCGCGCCGGAGAGAUGGUGGCCCUCAGGGGUCAGCUGAAGGAGCUCAAGGGCCAGAUGAAGGAGCAUGAGGAGACCAUGAUCGGCCUGAAGGACUCGUACACCAACAAGAGCCACGAGCUGGAGAGAUGUGAAGGAGAACUGAAGAGAACGCUGACAGAGGUGUCGAUGUUGCGUGACAAGCUGGUGGUGUUCGAGGCCGAGGUUCUGGGUCUGAAGCGGGCUCUGAGCGAGCUGAGCUGCAGGAGCGAUCACGCCGUGUGUCUGAGGGACAUCAGCGGUAGCAGCAGCUUACCGUGGGCCGGCCUGCACUCGCCCCGAACGCCCGAACCCAUGUCCAUCGACAGCUUCCUCAGCCUGCAGAGCGACGAGGCCAAAGCGCAGCGGCAGGAGGCCGGAGAGCUGCGGCGACAGCUGGAGCGACUGCAGGGCGAGCUGCACCUGGAGCGACAGCAGAGAGAGAGGCAGGCGCUCACCUUCGCUCAGGAGAGACACACCUGGCAGGACGAGAAGGAGCGCGUGCUGAAGUACCAGGCGCAGCUGCAGAUCAGCUACGUGGAGACGCUGCAGAAGAACCAGGCGCUGGAGGAACGGGUCGGACAGCUCGGAGCCAAACAGGGCACCACACCCGGAUCGCCCGGAUCACCCGUCAACCUCUCUAUCCCCGUCCCAGUGACCCUCACUCUGUCCCCGGCCGCGGACGAUCCCAAACAUCAGCUGGCGCCUCCGUGGCCGGGACCGUCUCGCUUGGAGCGGAUCGAGUCCACAGAGAUCUAGACGUGAGACAAUCGACUUAAACGCACUAAAGAGGGCUGAGAUCAGGCUGUUACUGCAACAAACGAAAGAAAAAUUAUCCAGCUUUUAAACCGUCUUUUGACUUUUGAGAUCUCUUUUGGUUAUAUGGAGGGAAAUAUUUCAUUAGUCUAUCUAGGCCAAAAGUUUGAAAUUAGGAUUUGUUAAUGUUUCGAAAGAGUCUCACCAAAGCUGCAUUUGUACAGUAAAUAUUGUGGCAUAUUAUUACAAUUUUAAAUGAAUGUUUUCUGUGUGAAUCUGUGUUAAAGUGUAAUGUAUUUCUGUGAUGCUCCGCUGUAUUUUCAGCAUCAUUCCUCCAGUCUUCAGUGUCACAUGAUCUUCAGAAAUCAGAAUAAUAUGAUGAUUUACUGCUCAAGAAACAUUUCUGAUUAUUAUCAGUGUUGAACACAUACAUUUUUUGUGGAAACUGUGAUGCAUUUUAUUUUUCAGGAUUCACAGAUGAAUAGAAACUUAAUGCAUCCUUGAUAAAUAAGAUUCUUUUUUUUAUUAUUAAUUUUACUGCAAACUUUAGAAUGCAUCACAGUUUUCACUAAAAUAUUGUGCAGCACAACUUUGUUCAACACUGAUAAUAAUCAGAAAUGUUUCUUGAGCAGUAAAUCAUCAUAUUUUCAUGAUUUCUGAAGAUCAUGUGACACUGAAGACUGGAGGAAUGAUGCUGAAAAUACAGCGGAGCAUCACAGAAAUAAAUUACACUUUAACACAGAUUCACACAGAAAACAGCUGAUUUACAUUGCAAUAAUAUUUCAGAAUAUAUACUGUAUUUUAAUCAAAUAAAUGCAGCAUUAGUGAGCAGAAGAGCUAUUUUUAAUACUCCUCACUUCUGAGCGGCGGUGUGCAUCACAGAGGGGGGUGUUUUGUACCUGAAGGAAUCUGGUGUUGGUUCAGUGAUGUUUU